CUUUGAUUUGCAUCCUUUCCACAUGUUUCUACCUAUAGCCCACCAUUUUUGCUCGAGAUGCCUCGAUUCUGCUCAUGCCGAGCGACUGCCUCAUUUGGAGUGCGACCUGGGGCACAGCACUGGUGUGGGGGUUGGCAGAACAGCUGCCGUGCUGGGAGGGUGACCAUGUAGCGCCAUGGGCCUGUUGCCCGAUGAACGAUGAUACUCAUUCCUGCUUCUCCCAUGGCUUUACUCAUGCGCAGUGUUGCCAUGCAGAAGGAGCUGGCUUGAGUGGUUGCGGCUGCAAGUCUCUCUAUUUGCGAGAGGUGGCGACGUUCCUGUCCGAACGGCCCAGAGAGGAGGCGAUCGCCGCGAAGGAGGUGCGCCGCUUCCGCUGGCGCUUUCACCCCGCGGAGUGUAGCACCGAGCGCUUGUGGAUUGCUCUUCGAAGCGCCUCCCGCCAAGCGGAUCAGUGCUCUGACUGGGAGAAACUGCACUUCAUCGUUCUUUGUGGACUACAAGCGAAGUGGUGGCAGAGCGAUGAGCUGCCUCAUGGACGACAAGUGGGAGUCGAUCACUUCUGGGAUUUGAUCCUCAGCACUGCGGUGAAGUUGCUCUCCGCGCCACGGUGCGCGCAGCUGUUGACGCCACAGGAGGCCUAUGAGAACUUCCAGCGCUUCGACUCCUACUACACUUCGAGCACUUCCUUCCGUCACAUCGCAGACUUCACUUGGCACCGCGCCCUGCCAGCUUCACCCUUAGCACCACCAGCGCAGCUGCAUGGGCACCGCACAGGACGCCCUGCGCACGCAACUGCUGCGCCCUCUGUGCAUUGCUCGGUGCUGGCACGGCUGCCUGAGGACCGUGCGCAGGUGAGGGCAGCUGCAGCCACCUGGGGCCGGUCCUGCGAUCUCUUCGAGGUCUACGUCGCACGUCCCGCGGAUCGGGCCCCGGGCGCAUGGACCGGGACAGGCAGUUCGCACCGCGGUGACCAGGUGGUGAACCUGGCCAUGGAGUAUCCAGUGAUGAAGGUGCAUCCAGAUCAACGGGGAGGCUCCAAGCUCUCACCAUCGAUGCAGUCGCGGAGGUUUCAAACCACCAAUCUCAUCCGUAAAACCUUGGCGAUGUGGCACUUCGUCGGCAGCCGCUCGACCGAAGAAAACGGCCGCUUCGCCGACUUCGUGUGCCGCCUGGAUCCGGACACGCUGUUCCUGGCCGAGCGCUUUCGGCGUUUCGUGCAGCAGCAGGGCCUGGACCGAGAGAGCAUGGUCUAUUUCGGACAAGUGCACCACUUCAUGAGAGGACUUGUGGGCUACUUUCCAGAUGGUGGUGCUGGCAUUUGCUUGCCAGCGCGAGCUUUGGAGGCCUUUACGUACUUGUUGGGCUUCAUUGUGCAUGUUUAUUCCGGUGGAAACCGAUCGAAAGAUUUACCCUCAAGCUGUCAGAUGCUUCCGGGUCAUUUGGACGAUGUGGUCACCGGCCUUUGUUUUCAGAAACUGAAUCUUCUUCCACACCCCGCGUUGGUGACGCCACUGGGGCAAAACCUCUUCAACAGCGAUGUCUUACCACGCGAUGCGCGCAGCACCUUGGGCCGCGUUGAGGACUGGUCGCGAGCACGGCGGAUGCAUCAUCUUUUCCAGUGUCUCUCCAGGUGUGUGGAAUGCAACUGCCAGAGCCUGGAUCCCAAGUAUUGGGUUGACGAGAAGCUGGCCAUUUCUUUCCAUGGCAGCUUGGAGCAGAGAAGAACAUGCUGGAAUUGCGCACAUGCAGGAAGUAAGCCACCUAUGGCUCAUGUUUUUGACAGCGCUUGUCGGGCAGUGGAACUUCCAACUGCCCUCUCCAAGACACACAAACCUCAUAGUGGAGUUUGAUUGGGUGCCAAAUAUCGUUAUGUUCGAGGGAAAGUGCUGCCUGGUUUGCACCGUGAACCUGUGGCUUUCUGUUGCCAAACUGACUUUCUCACUUGAUUAGGUUCAUGUGUCACUUGCAGUGUCCUUUCUGUAUAGUCUGGAACUCAUCACUUCAGGUGGACCUAGAAAUGCCUUGAAAUCAGCAGCAGUGUAGUCCUCAAGCUUCCUCUCAGGCUACAAGAAUGCCUCUCAGAUGCGCUUGGCCUAUCGCUACCUGACCCGGC